CGGCAAGAUGGUGGCGUCCAGGUGGGUUUUGUUCGAGUAGAUGGUUGCCCGGCGGCGCUCACUUCCCGAGAGUCUGGCAGAGGACCCUGGGCCAAGAUGGAUGUGUUGCUGUAUUGACCAGGCUGGUCUCAAAACUCCUGCUUUCAAAGUGAUUUAUUUGCCUCAGCCUCCCAAGCAGCUGGGACUAUAGACGUGAUUAAGAAGGAUUCUCCACACCAAGAAAGCAGUCCUGAAAGGAGUCACAAAGGAGACAGCUUGAGUGUCAUGAUGCUGGCCAGACCAAAGCCAGGGGAAUCUGAGGUAGACCUGCUGCGCUUCCAAAGUCAGUUUCUCGAAGCUGGUGCGACUCCAGCAGUACAGCUGGUGAAAGGAAGUAGAUAUGGUGAUGCUCACCCAGACCAGCCUCCACUGCAUGACCAUCGGGAUGUGGUGAUGCUGGACGAUCUCCCAGAUUUGCCCCCAGCUUUGGUUCCUGCUCCUGCAAAGAGAGCCAGGCCCAGCCCUGGCCAACCCCUACCUCAGGACGAGGAUCCUGAAGAGAGGCUUAGCAGGCACGAUCAGCAUAUCACUGCUGUCUUGACCAAGAUUAUUGAACGAGAUACACGUUCAGUGACUCUGAAUCUGCCUGUGCCCAGUGGUGUUGCUUUCCCCCCUGUGUUCCAUCGCUCACAGGAGAAACAGGGGAAGCUAGCAGCAUCUGGUAAAAGGAGCAUCUUUGCCCAAGAGAUUGCAGCAAGAAGGGUGUCCGAAAGCAGGGUCCCAUCAGUUGGGGAGGUUGUAUCUAACCUGAACCCACCAGAGGGCGCUGUGACCUAUGAGGCACCCUCCCCUAGGGACAAAGACAGCCAGCUUCCAGGGAACAGCCAUGACUUCCAGGAACCACAUCUGGUCACAGGGAAGGGGCUCAAGAGUCAAGAGGCUGAGCAGGAAGCCCAGACUAUCCACGAGGAGAAUGUAGCAAGGCUGCAAGCCAUGGCUCCUGAAGAGAUCAUGCAGGAGCAGCAGCGGUUACUGGCUCAGCUUGACCCCAGCUUGGUUGCCUUCUUGAGGUCUCACAGCCAUACCCGUAAGCAAGCAGGAGCAAAGGCCACCAAGGAGCAAAGGCCAGGAGGACCCUCAUUUCCUGUCACCAAAGAAGACCCUAUCAUGUCAGCUUCUACCAGUGAACCUGGGAAGGAGAACAGGCCAGAGCCAGGAGCACCAGCACUGGCACUGCCUGUGGCUCCCCACAAAGAAUGGCUUCAUAUGGACACUGUUGAGCUGGAGAAGCUACACUGGAUGCAGGACCUGCCUCCGCUCCGGCGGCAGCAGACACAGGAGAGAAUGCAAGCCCGAUUCAGCCUUCAGGGAGAGCUCCUGGCCCCUGAUGUGGACCUGCCCACCCAUCUGGGCUUGCACCACCAUGGAGAGGAGGCAGAGAGAGCAGGGUAUUCUUUACAGGAGCUGUUCCACUUGACUCGUAGUCAGGUGUCCCAGCAGAGAGCACUAGCACUGUGUGUGCUAUCCCAGAUCAUUGGCAGGGCCCAGGCUGGUGAAUUUGGGGACCGGUUAGUGGGUAGUGUCUUACGGCUCCUCUUGGAUGCUGGUUUCCUCUUCUUGCUGCGCUUCUCCCUGGAUGACAGGGUGGAUGGGGUCAUCGCAGCAGCUGUCCGGGCUCUUCGCACUCUGCUAGUUGCUCCUGGAGAUGAGGAGCUCCUUGACAGCACCUUCUCAUGGUAUCAUGGAGCUUCGGUGUUCCCUCUGAGGCCCAUCCAGGAAGACAAGGAAGACGGGGGUGAGGACGAGGAACCCGCAACAGAAAAGGCAAAAAAGAAGAGCUCUGAGGAAGGAAGCAAGCCUCCACCUGACCUAGCUAGACAUGAUGUCAUCAAGGGUCUCCUGGCUACCAACCUGCUUCCUCGGCUACGCUAUGUGCUGGAGGUAACCUGUCCAGGACCUUCUGUGGUCCUUGACAUUUUGGCUGUGCUCAUACGCCUGGCCCGGCAUUCCCUGGAGUCAGCCAUGAGGAUCUUGGAGUGUCCUCGGCUAAUAGAGACCAUAGUUCGAGAGUUCCUGCCUACCAGCUGGUCCCCCAUGGUUGUGGGGCCUACUUCUAGUCUACACAAAGUGCCUUAUGCUGCAGCCAUGAAACUGCUUAGAGUCCUGGCUUCAACUGGGAGGAAUAUUGCUGCCCGGCUGAUGAGUGGCUUUGAUAUCAGGAGCCGCCUAUGUCGCUUCAUAGCUGAGGCGCCUCAAGAACUAGCCUUGCCUACAGAGGAAGCAGAGACACUGAGCACGGAGGCCUUUCGUCUAUGGGCUGUGGCUGCCUUCUAUGGUCAGGGUGGUGACCUUUACAGGGAGCUGUAUCCAGUGCUUAUACAGGCCUUGCAGGCACUGCCGACAGAACUUGGCGCCUGUCCUCUACACCCACUGUCCAUGCAGCGGAUGGCUUCACUGCUCACUCUUCUCACCAAGCUGACCCUGGCAGCAGGCAGCACCCACCCUGAACCUAUCAGUCGCUCUUCUGAGGCCCAUGUGUUGGCCACCACUUCCUCAAUCACCUGGACGCAGGUGUCUGGACUUCAGCCACUGGUGGAGACGUGUCUAAGGCAGACUUUAAAGUUGCUGCCCAGACCUGACAUAUGGAAUGCCCUAGGCCCAGUGCCCAGUGCCUGCUUGCUGUUCUUGGGUGCCUACUACCAGACUUGGAGCCAGCAGCCAAGCUUGUGCCCGGAGGACUGGCUUCAGGACAUGGAGCACCUGUCAGAGGAGUUGUUACUGCCACUGCUGAGUCAGCCCUCUCUGGGAAGUUUGUGGGAUUCCCUUAGGCACUGCUCCCCUGUCUGCAAUCCACUGACCUGUGCUCCAACUCCUGAGGCUCUCCCCAGCCUGGUGUCACUGGGCUGUGCAGGAGGCUGUCCCCCUCUCAGUGUGGCUGGCACAGCCUCACCCUUCCCAUUCCUCACUGCCCUCCUCUCUCUUGUCAACAUUCUGGUCCGGAUUCACAAGGGGCUUUGUGGACAGAUGGCUGCUGUGUUGGCUGCCCCAGGACUCCAGAACUACUUUUUCCAGUGUGUGGCUCCCAGGCCUGCCCCACAGUUCACACCCUUCUCUGCCUGGGCCCUGCGCCAUGAGCACCACCUGCAGUACCUGGCACUCUCCCUGGCCCAGAAAGUGGCAACAUCUCAGCCAGAGCCAGCCACCAAUGCCCUCUACCACUCUAUGGCCUUGGCCCUACUGAGCCGGCUACUUCCUGGAAGUGAGUACCUUGCCCAAGAGCUACUGCUGAGCUGUGUGUUCCGGCUGGAGUUCCUCCCGGAAAAAGCAUUAGGGGGUCCAGAGGCAGCUGACUUCUCCGAUGGACUGUCCCUCAGGAACAGUGCGGACCCUCACUGUGGACGAGGGGCUCUCCUACUUCAGGCAUGCCAGGACCUCCCCAGCAUCCGCAGCUGCUACCUGACCCACUGUUCACCAGCGAGAGCCAGCCUGCUGGCCUCCCAGGCUUUAUACCGUUGGGAGCUUCUGCGAGUCCCAAGCUUGCUACUCCCUGUGCCUAAGGAGCCAUUGCUGCCCACUGACUGGCCCUUCCAGCCACUGAUUCAUCUCUACCACCAGGCUUCAGACACUCCCUCUGGACUACCUCCCACUGACACUGUGGGCACUGCCAUGCGGGCCCUACAGUGGGUGCUACUUUUAGAGAGCUGGCGCCCAGAGGCCCUCUGGGCUGUACCUCCUGCUGCCCGGCUGGCCCGGCUUAUGUGUGUGUUCCUGGUGGACAGUGAGCUAUUCCGAGAGACCCCCAUACAGCAUCUGGUUGCAGCUCUUGUAGCCCGGAUCUGUCAGCCUCAAGUCCUGCCAAGCCUGAACCUGGACUGCCCACUUCCUGGCCUAACAUCUUUUCCUGACCUCUAUGCUAGCUUCUUAGACCAUUUUGAAGCUGUCUCUUUUGGGGACCACCUGUUUGGGGCUCUGGUCCUCCUUCCCCUACAACGUCGAUUUAGUGUGACCUUGCGCCUUGCCCUCUUUGGGGAGCAUGUGGGAGCCUUGCGGGCUCUUGGCCUGCCUCUGACCCAGUUGCCUGUGCCCUUGGAAUGCUACACAGGACCUCCUGAAGACAACCUGGCCCUUCUUCAGCUCUACUUCCGAGCCCUGGUUACUGGUGCUCUCUGUCCACGUUGGUGCCCUGUGCUCUACGCUGUGGCAGUGGCUCAUGUCAAUAGCUUCAUCUUCUCCCAGGACCCAAAGAGCUCAGAUGAGGUGAAGACUGCCCGAAGGAAUAUGCUGCAGAAAACUUGGCUGCUGGCAGAUGAGGGUCUGCGGCAGCACCUCCUCCACUAUAAGCUUCCCAAUUCCAGCUUCCCAGAGGGGUUUGAGCUGUAUUCCCAGUUACCUCCCCUGAGGCAGCAUUACCUCCAGACACUGCCCUCAGGUGUGCUCCAGAAUGGAGUAUCCAAGACCUAGGACAGUUGCCACCAUCCAGAGAUGGAUACAUUCUCCUGGGGCUUGCCAGUGGAUGUCUGUUCAUACAGAAGGGCUUCUGUCACUGGGAAAGCAGGGGACAGGAACCCAGGGCUGCCUUCCUGAGAAUAUACUGUUUGAGCCUGUUUUAGAACAGAACAUGUCUGCUAUUAGAACUUGAUACUGGAGCUCUGGGUCUGGGGCCUCUGAGGGUCUGUACUAGGAGUGAAGGGUGGCUUAGCUAUUCAGUCCCUCUGGGGACAAAUCAGUCUAAGUAGACCUCACCUACCUCCAGUCCUCACCCAGGCCAGGGGAUACGAAUGCUAUGCUGUGCAUUGAAAUAAAUACUUUUCUAGUCUGGCUGA